AUGAGCGAAUCAGAGGCUGUACAGAACCCUACCGAGGCUGUCGCUCCCGUUGAGGAAACUCCUGCUGAGGAAACUCCCAUCGCUCCCGUCGAGGAACAAGCUGCGGCUGAGCAGCCUGAGGUGGCCGAGACUGAGAAGAAAGAUGGCCCCAACAUUCUGAAGACGACGGCUAAGAUUGACCGCGAAAACCUACAAAAUAAUCGCAAGUUCGAUGCCACUGCCCGCAAGGUGGCUGAUGAGCCCGAGGAAAUCAGAAAACAGGUUGAGUUUUACUUUGGCGACUGGAACUUUCCUCAAGACAAAUUCAUGUGGGAGACUUGCGGAGGCUCAGAGAACAAACCGAUGCCGAUCGAGAAGAUACACUCAUUUAAACGUAUGCGAAUUUUCCAACCUUACAGUGCUGUCGUUGCUGCUCUCAAGGAGAGCAAGUUCCUUGAAGUCUCUGGGGAGGAAGGCAAAGAGGUGGUCAAACGCAAGGUCCCCUACAAGCCUGUCCCCGCCUCCAAGGCCAAGGCCGAGGCUGCCACUGUCUAUGUGAAGGGGUUUGGAGACGAGCAGCCGGACACUCAAUUCGAGCUCGAAAGCUUCUUUACCCAGUUUGGCGAGGUCAACGGCUUGAAGCUUCGCCGUACCAACGAGAGCCUAUUCAAAGGUUCUGUCUUCGUUACCUUUGCCGAUGAGGAAACAGCCAAGAACUUCCUUGCCUUGGACCCUGCUCCCAAGUGGAAGGAGCACGACCUGAAGAUCAUGUCUAAGCAUGAUUACUGCGAGGAGAAGAGCGAUCUCAUCAAGCAAGGAAAACUUGUCCCAAGUGCUACGACACAAAAGAAGUUCUACGAAGGCCGUGAUUUCGGCAAGAAGAACACUCGCUCUGGAGAUAAGGAUGACUGGAAGAAGCGACGAGACCAGGACCAGAAGAGCGGCUUCAGAGGCGGUCGUGGAGGUCGUGGCCGUGGCCGUGGUGGACGAGGUCGGGGUGGCCGUGAUGGUGGACGUCGCGACCGCGACUCAAACAGACAAGAGAAACCCGUGGAUGCUGCCGCAACCAACCAGAAGAGACCCCGCGAGGACGACGCUGCUGCCGCACCAGCGGCCAAGAAGGUUGAUACCAAGGACGAGUGA